AUGCUAUAUAUGCAUUCUUUGACCAACGACACUUUUAGAUUUAAUACUUCGCGCAUUAUCACAUCUGGGAUACUCCAUACAGAGCAGAUGCGUACACAUAGGAUUCAACAUCACCGCCACCGCCCUACCCUCACCGGCCACCAGCUGGCCAAGUCAAAAUGCAAAGACAAAGAAGGAAACCAAGGCACGAUCAAAGGAGAUGCAAACCACGUAUCGAUAUAUGGUAGGAUAUGGUACGGAAUAUAUAUACCAUGCUAUGGCAUGGACACCAGCCAGAGGCAGGCAGAUGUAAGAAAUAGCCAGCGUAGAUAUAGCGGCAAGCAAGCAGGACAAUUGAAAUAG